CGCCUCUUUGAGGUCUCCCUCUUGCUGUUCAGUUUGGGAAAAUUGCUGCAGAGACUUGGAGAUAAACAGGAACAGGAGGAGUCAACCUUGCUCUUUCUUGCAGGAGCAUCUCAGAGCUCAUCUCCUGUCCUGGAUGUCAACGAGUGUAUCUUACCAGAGAUGUAACUGAACAUAUUUUCCUUCAGUACUUUCCUCCUGGGCAACCCACAAUGGCCAGGAACUGCUCUGAAUGCAAGGAGAAGAGGGCGGCGCAUAUCCUCUGCACCUACUGCAACCGCUGGCUGUGCAGCUCCUGCACAGAGGAACACCGGCAUGUCCCAGCCCCAGGGGGCCCACUCUUUGCACGGGCACAGAAGGGAUCCUCAGGGGUGAAUGGUGGCUCUGGGGACUUCGCCUUGUACUGCCCUCUGCACACACAGGAAGUGCUGAAGCUCUUCUGUGAGACAUGUGAUGUGCUUACGUGCCACAGCUGCCUGAUGAUAGAGCACAAAGAGCACAGAUGCAGACAUGUUGAAGAAGUUCUACAAAACCAGAGGAUGCUUCUGGAAAGCGUGACCACGCAGGUGGCACAUAAGAAAUCCAGCCUGCAGACAUCUGCGAAGCAAAUCGAGGACAGGAUUUUUGAAGUGAAGCAUCAGCAUAGGAAGGUGGAAAACCAGAUCAAAAUGGCCAAGAUGGUCCUGAUAAAUGAGCUGAACAAACAGGCCAAUGGGCUCAUAGAGGAACUUGAGGGCAUCACUAACGAGAGAAAACGGAAGCUGGAGCAGCAGCUACAGAGCAUCAUGGUUCUCAACCGGCAGUUUGAGCAUGUGCAGAAUUUCAUCAACUGGGCCGUCUGCAGCAAGACCAGUGUCCCUUUCCUUUUCAGCAAAGAACUGAUUGUGUUCCAGAUGCAGCGGCUGCUGGAGACGAGCUGUAACACAGAUCCCGGUUCUCCCUGGAGUAUCAGAUUCACCUGGGAGCCCAACUUCUGGACCAAGCAGCUGGCUUCCCUUGGCUGCAUAACCACUGAGGGCGGGCAGCUGUCCCGGGCAGAUGCUGUAGCCACUUAUGGGAGCUUACAGGGGUCAUCCUCCUUGUAUCAGGGCCACCAGGCCCCCAUGGCUCAGCAGGACUCUCUCAGCCACCCCGCACACAAGUUCCAGCCUCCAGCACUGUGCUCCUCGUCUGUCUGCUGCUCCCACUGCUCCCCAGUCUCACCUUCCCUCAAAGGCCAGGUCGCCCCACCCAGUAUCCACCCAGCUCACAGUUUCCGGCAGCCCUCUGAAAUGGUGCCCCACCAGCUGGGGGCGCUGCAGUGUUCCACCCUGCUGCCCAGGGAGAAAGAGCUGGCCUGCAGUCCCCAUCCACCAAAGCUGCUGCAGCCCUGGUUAGAACCACCGCCUCCCGCAGACCAGGAGAGUACAUCCCAGCGGCCAGGACAGCAGCUGAUUUCCCAGCCUGUGUGCAUCGUCCCUCCGCAAGACGUUCAGUCGGGAGCUCACGCCCAGCCCGCCAUACAGACACCCUCCAUCCAAGUUCAGCUGGGCCACCACCAGAAGCUGAAGCUCGGCCACUUUCAGCAGCAGCCACAGCAGCAGCCACCGCCCCCACCUCCACCUCCUCCACCCACCCAGCAUGCACCACCACCCUUGCCUCCAUCCCAGCACCUGGCUUCCAGUCAACACGAGAGCCCUCCUGGGCCUGCCUGUUCUCAGAACGUGGACAUCAUGCAUCACAAGUUUGAGCUGGAGGAGAUGCAGAAGGACUUGGAACUCCUCCUGCAGGCUCAACAGCCCAGCCUGCAGCUGAGUCAGACCAAGUCUCCUCAGCAUCUACAGCAAACCAUCGUGGGGCAGAUCAACUACAUUGUCAGGCAGCCAGCACCUGUCCAGUCCCAGAGCCAGGAGGAUUCCCUGCAGGUUACAGAGGAGCCACCAGCACCUGAAGGCCCAAAGCCAGCUCUACCCCUCGACAAGAACACUGCUGCGGCCUUGCCUCAGACAUCCGGGGAAGAAACUCCUCACAGUGUCCCCCCAGUGGACAGCGCCUCCCAGCACUCCUCUCCAAAUGUGGUGAGAAAGCACUCCUCCUCAGUGAGCAUCAUGGGCUUUUCCAACACUCUGGAGAUGGAGUUGUCAUCUACCAGGCUGGCGAGGACCAUAGAGCCACAGAUCCACAGGGUGAGCAGCCUGACAGCUGGCCCCACCCACACAAUUCCGAACCUGCUGAGUGGCCCACCACAAACCGUGUCCAGCCUGAUGAGUGUCUCAAACCAAGCCGUGCCGAGCCCAGCCAGUCACCUGCAACCCGUGCCAAACCUUGUGCGAGGCUCAUUCCAGUCCUUGCCCAACCUGAGGGGCGAUUGUUCCCAGGCCAUUACAAGCCUGGCAAGCAACCACUCACAGGCUGGGCCCAGCCUAAUGUCCGGACACACCCAGGCUGCGCCGAGUCUGGCCACUUGUCCUCUGCAGGGCAUGCCUCCGGUUUCUGACACACAUCUGGAGACUAGAUCAGCUUCCAGUCCUGGCUCUGGCCAAACUGCAGAGAGCCUGGGUCCCAAGGAUGGGGCUGAGUCCUUCAUGGGGAAUGCCCAGUGUAAGAUGGAAAGUGAGGACAGCUCUCGCUUCACAGACUCAGUAGGAAAAGGCCCCGCAGCCUCCAGUCUGGAUGUUCCCAAGGAUUUGGCUAUUCCCUCAGAAUUGGAGGAACCAAUUAACCUUUCCGUGAAAAAACCUUUCCUGGCACCAGUGACCAACACGUCUACUGCUCUUCAACAGUACCAGCGGCCAAAAGAGUAUGAGAAUUUUGAACAAGGAGCCCUAGAGCCGGAUACAAAAGAGAAUCCAAGCAUCAGAGCCAUCAGUAGUGAGCCCAAGAUCCCUUAUGUGCGACUGGAGCGGCUUAAGAUCUGUGCGGCCUCAUCAGGAGAGAUGCCGGUGUUCAAGCUGAAGCCGCAGAACAGGCAGGACGGGAGCUUCCUGCUGGUGAUUGAGUGUGGCGCUGAGUCCUCCAGCAUGUCCAUUAAGGUCAGCCAGAACAGCCUGCCUGAUGCCACCCAAGGCCCAGGGCUGGGGGGAAGAAAGGUCACUGUCACAUCUCUGGCUGGGCAGCGGCCACUGGAGGUGGACAGUGCAUCUUCUGAAGAACAGAGACUGGUUCCCCGAACCCUUGGAGCCAAGAAGUGCACCCCAGCCCCCAUCGAAAAUGAGGACUUCUGUGCUGUGUGCCUCAAUGGCGGGGAGCUGCUGUGCUGUGACCGCUGCCCCAAAGUGUAUCACCUUUCCUGCCAUGUGCCAGCCUUGCUUAGCUUCCCGGGGGGAGAGUGGGUGUGCACCCUGUGCCGCAGCCUGCUGCAGCCUGAGAUGGAGUAUGAUUGUGAGAACGCCCGCUAUAGUCAGCCUGGAGUGCGGCCACCUCCCGGCCUGAGCGUGUAUGACCAGAAGAAAUGUGAGAAGCUGGUCCUGUCUCUGUGCUGCAACAGCCUCAGCCUGCCCUUCCACGAACCAGUCAGCCCUCUGGCCAGGCAUUAUUAUCAGAUUAUCAAGAGGCCCAUGGACCUAUCGAUUAUUCGGAGGAGGCUGCAAAAGAAGGACCCAGCUCACUAUACCACUCCAGAGGAAGUAGUAUCCGAUGUGCGCCUCAUGUUCUGGAACUGUGCUAAGUUCAAUUAUCCCGACUCGGAGGUUGCAGAGGCUGGUCGCUGUCUGGAAGUAUUCUUUGAGGGCUGGCUAAAGGAGAUCUACCCAGACAAAUGCUUUGCCCAGUCCCAGCAAGAGGACUCAGACUCUGAGGAUGUAUCUGGCGAGAGUGGCUGUUCCACCCCGCAGGGCUUCCCGUGGCCUCCCUACAUGCAGGAAGGCAUCCAGCCCAAGAGGCGGCGGCGGCACAUGGAGAAUGAAAAGACAAAGAAAAUGUCGUUUCGUCUGGCCAACAGCAUCUCGCAGGUGUGAGAGCUGGAAGGAGGCGGGCAUGCAGGUGGCCGACGUCCCACCUUCUCGCCCAUCCCUCCCCACCCUUCAGCUUUUCCUCUCCAGAGUGUGGCUGUGAGAUGAGCCUUGUUGAGCGGGUCAUGCUCCCUUCACCAUUUGCAUCUCUAGCAUUUAUCCGGGAGCCAUAGUGUAUCCCCCAUAAAGAAAUUUCAGGAGAACAGGGAAGAGGGAGGCCUUCCUCAUUCCAUGCCUCUUGCGGCUCAGGAGGACCUGGCCGACUCCGCUCACCUCUCAGCAGCCAGGGCUCGGGAGCACCUCACUGUGUGUGUCUGAACUCCUGGUUUAGAAGCGGGUACACGAAAGGAGGUGAGGUUUGGAUGUAUGGCAGGUGUGUGACCCCUGUCCCAGCACAGCCAAAGACUGUCACUGUUUGCCUUUGUGUCCUGUUGGGACAGAGGCAUCUGCCACCGGCAGAACAGUGGAGGCUUCUCGAGGCCUCAAUUGGUGCCUAUUUGGGUUCUCACGGUUUUCAGGGUAUUUGCUUCCCAUGCCCCCUUUCCCGAGUAGGAGUUAGGUGGUCACUGUGAAGUGCUAUGUGUGGCUGGCACUCUGGCCUGAGUUAGGUGGCUGUGCAGAGACCAGAUUUCACUCACACUCAGACGGUGCCAGCUUCAGAGUCUGUCCCUCUGGGCUCGUAGCACCUGAGAAGCCACCUUCUCAGAAGUGGCCACUGUGUGUGUCAGCGGUUCUUCCUCCAUCGCCUCUGUCCUACAUCUGCAUCUUGGGUUUUACCUGGGAGAAGUGAGGUGGCGUCGGCUGCUGGUGCAGGUUCCCUAGCCAGAACAGAUCACAGCCAGUGUGCUGUGCGGGGCCUCUCCUGCCCAAGUUCUACUUCUCUACUUUCUCACACAACCAAAGAUCAGAACUGUGGCCUCGCUGCCCUCAGCCCAGAAGCAGCCAACACACGGUCACCCUUUCUUGUCGGAGCCUGGAGAAGACCGUGGUGACGGAUGGGACUCAUUCCUGGGCUAAGGACAGAGAAGGAGGAUAUUGAGAGGUGAGAAACCAGCAUCCUUUCAUGACAUUAGGUAACUCUAGAGUCACAGUUUUCACAGAAUGCAGGAAGGCAUUCUGGAAGCCCUGGGAAUAGAGCUGUGUACUGUAGAUCCUUUGUAGAUGGAUCUCCACAGUGUAGGCAGAGUGUCUGAGAAGAAGCAUCUGAGAAAUCUACAGGGCCAGGCUUCUGCUUAGACAAGGGCUUGGUUGAGGAAGGACCUGUUGAUUACAUUGCUGGUGGAGAUGGCAUCUUAGUAGCCUGGUCCCGAGGCGCGGCAUGGCUGAUUUCAGGGGACUUUUAGGCUGUGACUUUGGUUUUGUGAAAGUUUAAGGAAGUGAUUAUUCAUAAGGCUUUUUUAUUUUUAUUUUCAUUUAUUUAUUUAUUUUUGCUGGGAAGCAAGGUUCUUUUCACCAGAAAGCUUUUCUUCUCUCCCUGUCAGUCAACAAAAGCACUCAGUCCCUUCUGCACUUGACUGAGGGGAAGCUUCACUUCAAAGCACCGCCCACUGCCACUGCCUUUUCUUUCAGCAGCACGGCAAGCUCUCUUCAGUAGAUGGGCUUCCAUUCCUGCUGUCUGGCUCCAGGCAGCUGAAUCUUCUUCAGUUCGUUUCCAGUCAGGUAACCUUUGAACACAGGCUUUGCUCCUUAUGUUCACAAGAUCUUUGUUGGGCUCUUCUAUUUCUCUUUGGAUUUUGCAUCUUUUUCUCUGAUUAGCCUGGUGAGCUUCCUUCUUUUCAUACGUCUCUAAUUUCUGCUUUGAGGAUCUUUCCUUUUGUGGCCCAUAUUCCAUACUUCACGGUGUUCGGCCCUGGAAAGCCACUGAACACUGUGAUAGCCUGAAACCUAACGGCCUUGACUGGAUCAGCUGUAGAAUGUGCCCAUGACAUGGAAAUGCGUGGUUCAAAGCCUUGCUUUCCCUCUCCUGGUGCAGCUUGUUGCUUGUGUCCUGUCAGAACAAGGAUCAGCUUCUGGGCCCAGAGAUCUUGCAAAUGUGGUCGGCAGGCCUUUGUUCUCUUUCCACUACAGAGCCCCUCUGUGCUGAGAGGCUUCCUCUGAGCCUGUGAACAGGGCAGAUAGGAAAAAGGGAUGACUUUUCCUUCAAGGAGGUGAGUCCCUGGCCCACCAUUCCUUCCCUACACUGACUAGCCCAUGGAAUUUCCCCUGGAACCAAGUUUUUAAAGUUGUCGUAAAUUUUUUUUUUGCAUGCAAAAAAAAAAAAAAACCCAAAAAACAAAAAGCAAAAGAAAAAAAAACAAAACCAAAAAACAAACCCAAACCGGAAGUUUAAGGAAAUUAAAACAAAACCAAACACUUGUUCACUAAGCGAGUUUUGCUCUUUAGCUCAUCAACAUUUUCACUGGAUCCUGCAGUGACUCAUUCCCAUGUGGUCCCAUGGUCAGAUAAGCUCUUUGGUCCUGGGCAAAGUCACACAGUGGAAAUGCAGCGAGUUCUGGUUGUUACAGUGCAGUGUGCAGCCCUAGAAGACAAGAGUCUUCUUCCUGGCUGCGCUGAGAGACGCAGUAGUAGGAUGACUUCAGUGGACGCACGGGGAUUUUAGUGCAAACGUUGGUACAGGAGGGACUUGAAAAGCAACCUUUCACAGAGUAUGGCAGGUCGAUCCACCUGGAUUCAGUAACGGGUACCUGCCUGCUGUAGGGACCUUGCUGAACGGUGGCCACAAGGCCCUCCUUGGACAUGGCUUCAUGGCUGACAUUGUUGGAAAUGCAGUGAGCAUUGGCUUCCUGUCCCUAGUUUUGCCACAGGUCUUUGUAUGCCUCUUACUACGCCGGCCCCUCUUUGUAGCUGUCUCUGCUCCGUUCCCACUUUUGCCACCCUGGUCACUAUUAAACUUCUGAGCUGAGUCUUCGCUUCUGGGCCUCCUCUUCUCCAGCCCCAUUCACUGCUGUGCAAGGUCUCUUCUCCAUGACUGUGUCCCUCUCCCUUCUCCCAGACUUUCCUUCUUCUCCAGGAUUUCCUCCUCUUCCCAGCGUGAACCCAGGGCCCAUCACAGAGGUCCCUAUCAGCAUCUUGGACUUUACUAACUCCCCAGCUUCUACGGUCUCCAUUUUUCACGUCAACCUGCUUUCUCUUCCUUUUUGACUUCUAAGCAUGGCGGACUCAGAACCACAUCCUCAGUAUUGAUUGGGAACCCUUGAACUUGUAUUACUCUUCUUUCUGAUGCACACCCUUUAUCUUUGCUGUCAGCCAAUGACUGAACUUACCAUCCGCUUCCUUGAAGAGAGCUCCUGAGGCGAGGGCUUCCUGCCCGCCGCUCUUCUUCAUGUUGACCAGUGCGUGUGUCCUGUCUCACUUCCUUCCUUGUACUUCUAGUUCUGUGUUCUCUGAGCCCCGAUAUGUCCUCCAAGACUCUGCUUUUUUCCCUCUGGGCUCUGCAGGCUCUCUCCUUUGCUUCCCUUUACACAGCCUACCAAAGUUAUUUCAAGAUUAAGACAAGAAUGUCACAUCUGUGUCAUAUACCACUUUCCCUAGCCAUCAUUAUUAUUUUUAAAAUAAACUGUUUGGCUGGACAUGGUGACAUACAUCUUUAAUCCCAGCACUUGGGAGGCAGAGACCGGAGGAUGUCUGGGAGUUCAGCCUGGUCUACAGAGUGAGUGCCAGGCCAGCCAGAGCUACCCAGUGAGACCCUGUCUCAAAACACGAACAACAAAAAGAAUAUUUUUCUUUGAUUCUUCUUCAUCUCCGGUCCUCUGUUGAUUUUCACAAGAGGCACCAGUGACCACGCAGUUGCCAAAUGCAAUGAAUGCUUCUCAUUUCCCAGCUGUCUGGAGCCCUGCACAGCCCCUCCCUUGGCCCACUCUUCCCUUCGCGUGCCAUGCCCCUCACUCCGUCUUUCAGGACGGUCCCGGUUGCUGCACCAUCUUUAUCUCAGCCACAAAGGCUAAGCUUGUUUGGGACCUAGAUGGAGGGAUGUGUCUGGCUGUCGCCAUUUUCUCCUCUCCAGGGUCUGGGUAAGCAAGCAGAAUCAUAGCUGCCCCCAAUUCCUCCUCUCUGGCUUUUAACCCCUUCUUCCUGGGUUUGCUUCUCCUCUGGAGAGCUCAGGAGCGUCAUGUGCACCUGCAGAGAGUUCUGCAUCUGUGAAUCCUCCCCUCUGUUGCUCCCCGGAGAGCAUAGAGAGGUGGCCCAUUUGUUAAGAGCCCCAUUCAGUCAGCCUAAGAGACUGCUGGAUUUUGCAGCAUGCAAUCUGCCAUCUGGCUCAACUAAAUUCCCACACUGAUGGACAGCUCACUAGUAUGAUACUUAAUCAGUUGGAACCUGCCUCAGUCAGCAGGGAGCCGAGGAUCAUGGGAAGGCAAGCUUUCAGGCUUGAUUCAGGGCUGCAGCCAGGAAGAGUCCUGGCAGGGUGGGGGUGUGUCAUGAUGACCUUCUGAGGGAGGGGAGACUGGGAACUGCCGUGGUUCCUCUAGCUCAGCUAGACCCCUCCUGAAGGUCUUUCUUGUCUGCGUUGAUCACCCCCCCCCCUCAAGCCCCAUCUGCUUACUUCAGAUGCUACCGGAGCUUCAGAUGGUAGCUGCUUUCUUGGAGGUACUGUAGAAGGACAUCUGACUUGAGAGUCUGAGAACCUCAAUUUUAGUAUUGUAAAUGAGGGGCAGUGUGACCUGGGCAUCGCUCAGAUUCUGCAGCUCGAAAGUUGACAACUAUGGAGCCCAGGCCACAGAGGAGCUCUGGUGUGGGGACCCAGCUAGAGAAGUCCCGACCAACAGGGCAACAACUCUACUGGCCGAACCGCACUGCUUGAAGGAAGUCUUCACUGGAGGUGCUGCUUCUUGUGCCGUAUGCCCACACCUCGGGCUGCACACUUCGCCGGUGUCUGGACAUGUCUCUUCUGUGUCUUUCCGAGACAUGCUCAGUUGAUCCAAAGGGGCUAGGGGCAGGCUAGGGGCAGAAGGAAGGAAUUUAAGGAGAAGCAUAAUUGAUUUUAAAUGGACCCACACAUUCAGAAUCAAAUAAAACAUAGCACUUUCCUUUCCCAGCAAUUCUGUCCUAGAGUGGUUUUUAGUGGAAAUCGUUGAA